UGAAUUGAAACAAACAAAGCUUCGGAUGCGAAACAGCCAAGUCUUCUUUAGCAGCAAAUAACGAAACAUCAUUCUGGUUGGAAAGCAAUGCAACAUUCGUAAAAUGAUUUUGACAUCGCGUUAUCGUUAUUGGUCCCGACCUUUUGCGUUUGUUUUGGUUUACGUGUUUAGGAAAUCUUUCAACUGUAGUUGCCUUGUCACACAUAAUUAUGGCUAUUUAUCCUUUACGUCAUCGUAUCCCUGUCGGGUUCAACGUGCGAGGCUUCACUGGAGUCCAUUUCUACAACGUAAUAAAUCUAAGAAUCCUACAAAAAGUCCAGGGCAAGAUUUAGUCUAUGCUGAGACCGGACAAACUAUCCAUACAAGUAAAAGAAGAAAUAAAUCUGAAGGCUCGACAACCACGACGAAACUAGUGAAAGCCAAUAUUAAGAAGCCAAACUCUAACGUUGAUUGGCAGUCAGAAGAUCAUCUGAUUGAAAAAGAAGACGCUUCUCAAGACCCAUGUCAAUCUGUUCAAAUAGAAGACGAAAAGGAAUCCGAAGACGUUGAACCUGCACCUUCUGAGAAAAAAACCUCCAAGAAGAAAACGAAGAAGAAGGAACCGGAACCUGUCGUUCCUGAAUAUGCCAUCGAGGACUUCUUUGAGCAUAAUGAUUCCAUUCAUGAGGAUAUGCGAUACGGAACUUGUAAACUUUGUUCAGCUCCAAUUGUCAUUCCAGGCUUAGAUCACUAUCUAUGCAAAGAAUGUGGAUGGAUUAGCAACUCAGACCAAUCCAAUGAGAUUUGAGCUUUGUUCAACUUUACUCGAUACGUAUUUAUUCGACAAAUGAAUAGAAAGUCAAAUAGUACAAUGCGAUACUAUUCCGAAAA